AUGGCAACAACUCCGCGCGCCUGGCGAGCGCCAGGCGUCAACUUGACGACGAGGGCGGGGUGGUCGUCAGUUUUACGGCCGCCGACGGCCAGCAGAGCACCAUGGUGGUGGACAAAGGGGAGCUUGCCUCGGCCACCACGCGGCGAGCCGAGGCAUUGGCAGCCGCAGAGAAGUCGCUGCGCCAGGCGGCUUCCGCGAAACUCUCCGCGGAGCUGGACCUCUGCUUCGGGCAACUUCGCAGACUGGUAUUUCGCAUACCCCACAACUAUCAAGCUGGUACGUGAAGCGGCGACGUCGGCGGCUCGCCACUCAGCGGACCUGUCGCGUACGACUCCGCUGAAGACGGCCAUUGCUAUGGACCUGGACGACGUCCUGAUGCAAAAGUACGAGCGCAUCGUACUCCAGCCUGAGCUGAACAAUGCAAAGCUGCAGGAAGCCUUUCUCAACACGGCCAAAGACCUGCACCAGAGAUUCUGCCGAGACAUCCGGGACCUGGACGACCAGCUGCUCCGGGAGUUGGCCAAGCGGACAUCCCACCUCGAGGAGCCAUCGCACGACGCUGUGCACCUGACCCUGGAUUGGUCUUCGCAGCGGCACAAGGUCAAGGCCGUCCCCGCCCAGUUCGAGAAGAUGCCGGAGCUCUCCCUGGCCUUGGGCGUCGGGGGCGCGGUCGCGGCCAAGGCGGCUGGCGCCUCCUUGAGCAGCAAGGUUGCAGGCGCCGCAGCCGGCAAAGCCGUGUGCAGCAAGCUCUCAGCGCCAUUCGCGCUGAAGGCUCUGGGUGGCACUGCCGUGGCGGGCUUACUCGCGGGCCCCGUGGGCGGCGCGGUGGGUUUGGCUGCAGGUGUUGGCGCAGACGUGGCGCUGCACCGGGGGCUGGAGCUCUUGCAGCGAAAGGACUUCGAGGCCGAAGUUCUUCGGGCAGUGCAGGCCACGCGCGACGAGUACUUCCAGACCCUGGAGGCCGAGCUCCACCGCGCCCUGGGAGCUUGGAUGGCCGAUGCCCGGCAUUUAGCUUACACGUCGCCAGCCGCCGCUGAGUGA